UUGAACAAUAUGGUUUAAUAAUGUGAUACAAUAAUUGUGCAUUUUCUUAUAAUGUUAUCAUCUCUAUAUAAAAUCUUAUUCAUUUAUUGCAAUUUAAAGUUGCUCAAUUGCUUAAGAUGUUAUUGUGAGAAUGAAUGCCCUCAGGAAUUUUACAGCAUUAAAGAUCCUAGAUAUAAUCAUCAAAAUUACAGUAAUUCCUGCUAUGCUCAACCUUCCAGUCAAUGUUUUGCAGCCGUUAGAAUAGAACAUGAUCCUAGUACCAAGAAAUAUAUAGAAAUUUAUUCCUAUGGUUGUCUUCCACCACACGAGAAAAGCCUUAUGCAGUGUCGCGGAGAUCUUGUGCCCCACUACCUCCCCAAGAAUAUUAUAUGCUGCGAUCACGUGGAUAUGUGUAAUCAAGGCAUUAGACCACCUUAUGAAUGGAACAUUAAAGAAGUGGAGAAAAGUUCGAACCCGAACCCAGACGCGCACUUUGCAACCAUUUUGAUCGUUAUCGUGAUUGGAUUCGCAUCCUUAUCUAGCCUCAUUUUAUAUUUGUAUUUCAGACUCAAGAAAAUUGACAAUUUAAGGCUCAUCGUGAAAUCGUUCUUCGCAUUCAACAAUAACAAGAGCAACAAAAUUAAAAAUAUCCAUAAAAUCGAUAAGUUUCACGUCCAAAAACAGGGCGUAAAUAGUAAGAAGGUGAUUCCAUCGGGGGGAGCAGACGAUUCCGAACAAGAAAAGAUGGUUGCUAUUAACGGGGGUUUCUCUAAAAGUUUGAUUCGCGAACUCAUUGAUCAAAGUAGCGGGAGUGGAUCUGGCCUGCCUUUAUUGGUUCAAAGAACCAUAGCCAAGCAGAUUCAGCUGAUUAAAAUAGUAGGACAUGGUCGUUAUGGAGAGGUAUGGGAGGGUAAAUGGCGGGACGAGAGCGUGGCCGUCAAAAUAUUUUUCACUACCGAGGAGGCCAGCUGGUUCAGGGAAACCGAAAUUUACCAGACUUCUCUUAUGAGGCAUCAGAAUAUUCUGGGAUACAUAGCAGCAGAUAUUAAAGGUACCGGUUCAUGGACUCAACUUUUCCUCAUAACAGAUUUCCACGAGGCUGGUUCUCUUUACGACCAUCUCAAACAAGCUAUUCUAGAUCCAGCAUCAGCUUUGAGAAUAAUCAAAUCGAUCAUAUCUGGGUUAUGUCAUUUGCAUACCGAAAUAUUGGGAACUCAAGGUAAACCAGCCAUCGCUCACAGGGACAUGAAAAGUAAGAAUAUAUUGGUCAAAAAAGACGGAACAGCUUGCAUAGCAGACUUGGGACUGGCUGUCAGAUUUAUCAGCGAAACAACCCAGAUAGACGUUCCAGUUAACCCCCGAGUCGGUACCAAAAGGUAUAUGGCUCCCGAAAUUUUAGACGACACUUUCCAGCCCGAUAAUUUCGAAGCUUAUAAAGCUUGUGAUAUCUACUCAUUUUCAUUAAUCAUGUGGGAAAUAUGCCAGCGAAGCAUUACUAAUGACAGGGUCGAGGAAUACAAAAUUCCUUAUCACGAUUUAGUUCAACCUGAUCCAUCCUUCGAAGAAAUGCGACAAGUAGUGAGUUACAAAAAAAUGAGGCCCAAGAUUUACUCAAGAUGGACGACAGAUAAAUUUUUGACCUCCCUGAUUCGAAUAAUGCAAGAAUGUUGGAGACCAGAAUCUCGGGCUAGACUUACGAGCUUGAGAAUCAAAAAAUCACUAAAUGACAUCAAAUUAGAAGAUAUUGUCGCAGUUUAAGUAACUCUUUUAUAUUGAUAUAUUAAAUAAUAAAAUGUUUGGGAAUUUGUCUCCGAAAUAUAGUAUAAAUAGCAUUAAAAACUUUUAACUCUCCCAUUCAUAUUGUCAAAAAAUUUGAAAUAAUAAGGAUUUUUUUUAAUAUUUACAAUUACGAACCAAAUCAAAUGUCUUCAAUAU